AUGGAGGUCAUGGAAGGGAAGAAGAUCUGCAAGAAACCCCUCACCUUCCUGCUCUUCAGCUUCAUCUUCAUCUCCUGUCUCUUUGUUUCUCUUCGUCAGUUCAUGACUUCUGAGCCAGAGCAUUAUGUUUCUAAUCCCUCUGCACAAACAGCUCAUGCUGGAAACACCAGCGCCCCACCAAAGGAUGAACACAGGCUGACCAUCCUGCUGUGGAAGUGGCCCUUUGGGCACCACUUUAACUUCAGAAACUGCUCGGUGGUCUACAGCAUCCCGGACUGCCAUUUCACCAUCAAUCGCAGCUGGUCCCAAAAGGCUGAUGCUGUGAUUAUGCAUCACAGGGAUGUGUACAAGGAGGCGGAGGGGCUGGCCCAGAUCCCCAGACUCCCUUCUCAGCGCUGGAUCUGGUUCAACCUGGAGUCCCCAAGUCACUCUCCAAACUUAAUCGCCAUGGACAACCUCUUCAACCUGACCAUGUCUUACCGGAGAGACUCGGACAUCUACACCCCUUAUGGGGAGCUGCAGCUCCUCGGCCAGCCCCAGCCCCUCAGCAUCCCGCCCAAGACCAAGCUGGUGGCCUGGGUAGUCAGCAACUGGCAAGCAGCCUCCCACCGGGUAAAGUACUACGAGGAGCUGAAGAAACACAUCACUGUGGACAUCUAUGGGAAGCAGCACUUGCCCCUGCCCAGGGACAAGCUCCUUUCCACUCUAUCCCAGUACAAGUUCUACCUGGCUUUCGAGAACUCGCAGCAUGAAGACUACAUCACCGAGAAGGUCUGGAGGAAUGCCUUGUCCUCUGGCACUGUCCCUGUCGUGCUGGGGCCUCCUCGAGAAAACUAUGAGCACUUCUUGCCCCCUGACUCCUUCAUCCAUGUCGAUGACUUUUCCAGCGCUGGGGACCUGGCGCAGUACCUGUGGGAGCUGAGUGAGAAUGCCCAGCGCUACUUCCAGUGGCGCAAGUGGUUGAAACCCACGGUGAAGUCCGGCUGGGACCUGCAUCUCUGCAGAGCUUGUCAAUUCUUGCAGACAACGGAGGCCAGGUACCAGGUUGUGCCCGAUCUGUCUGAGUGGUUCGUGUAA